AUGGCUUCCGGAGUAGGAUCCCUCGCAGCCAUUGGUGCUGUCACCGAUCCUCGUCUCUCGGUUUCUGGGGAGGCUCCUGACCCGACCUCACUCCCUCGAGGAGUGCUGCAAAAGCUGCACGACCCUAGCGUUACCCUCGAGGAGUACAUGCACUACGCCAAAAUCACUCGAGAUGAGGAAGAACGCCUCUAUGGCCCUGGCAGUGACUUUCAGGCCACGGACGGCCCCACGGCCGCGUUCAUCAAGGAGAAGAUCCUCCGCAAACGUGCCACACGACGUACCUCGAUCGCCGUACCGCGUCUCUCGGUCAGCGCUCAAGGCGAAGCCCAGAUUCAACGACCGGUUGAAUCUGGAAACGAUUCCGGCAAUGAGAAGACAGGCCAUGAGAAGAAGAAGUUCCAGCCAAUGGUCAUCAGUGAUGAGGAGUGGAUACAGGCUUCACGGGCUGCUAGAACUGCCACUUGGGCUGCCGUCUUCUACUUGAUCACCACCGAUAUCCUCGGUCCCUUCAGUACGGGAUACGCCUUCAGUCAGAUGGGACUUGGUCCUGGUGUCGCUCUGUUCACGGUGUUCGGUGCCCUCGGUGGAUACACCGGUUGGCAGCUAUGGAGGAUGUAUCUCCAGCUUGAUAGCGACCGUUACCCGCUGAAAGGAUACGGCGACAUCGCCUUCCGGGUCUACGGACCUUGGUUCCGUCACACCGUCAACUUCGUACAAUCUUUUCAAUUCUUCCUGAACGUCACCCUGCUUAUUUUGAGCAACGGUCAGUCCAUCAGCGAGUUGUCCAAGAGUAAUCUCUGCUUCAUUGUGUGCAUGGUGAUCUGUACCAUCGCUGGCUGUGUCGUUGGACAGAUCCGAACUCUCCAGCGCUUUGGCUGGCUCGCGUCCUGGGCCGUAUAUCUCAAUCUGUUUGUCAUUUUUGCAACGAUGGGUGUCAUGGCUCAUUCGGAUCCAAACUACAAGGUAUACGCCGCUUCGCAUCCAACAUUCGACAUCAAUAAUCCCGAUCCCAUCAAAGUUUCGGGUUCGACACCACCAGGACUCAGCAUCGCCGACAAUGUGAACGGUCUCAUGAAUGCCGUCUUUUCUUUUGGAGGAGCGACUCUUUUUGUCGAGCUGAUGGCGGAGAUGCGUCGACCCUUUGACUUUUGGAAGGGACUGCUCGCGGCCGAUGUCCUCAUCUACCUCUGCUACAUGGUUUACGGUGUCUACACUUACUGCAUGCAAGGACAAUACGUGUACAACCCCUCAUACCAAGGCAUUUCUCCCUAUUCAUGGCAGACGGUCGGCAACAGCCUUGAACUGAUCACCGGUAUCAUUGCGGCGGUGCUGUACGGCAACAUCGGCAUCAAGGUUUUGUACAACAACCUGGGGAGAGACCUGUUGAGCUUCCCGAUCCUCGAGAGCAAGGGUGGUAAAUGGAUAUUUGCCAUCAUCGUUCCCAUUUACUGGGUCCUGGCCUGGAUCAUUGCCCAAUCCGUCCCUCAGAUCAGCUCGUGGAUCUCGGUUGUCGGCGCCGGGUGUAUCUUGCAGUUCAGCUACACAUUCCCCCCAUUCAUGAUGCUCGGGUUCAAGAUCCAACGGGAUGCCAUACUGCCACAGGAGACGUUUGACCCUGCGACUGGACAGGUCCAGCACGUCGACAGCGGCUUCAAGCGCUGGUGGCGCGGCUUCAAGAAGGAACUCCUGGUGAAUUCCUUCGACGUCAUUUUCUAUCUCGGGUCCUGUGUCACUUGCGUCCUGGGCUUGUAUGCUGGUUUCAAAACGAUGGUGGACGCAUACAAUGGUUCGACCAACUUGACGGCGUGGCGUUGCGAGUCGCCUACGGGUUAA